AUGGCCAAACUAUUCCGAAGGGUCGUGAGUAGGUUCAGAGGAACAAGGUCUGCUGAUGUAUCAUGGUUUACGGAGAAGUAUCAGACGAUCAGCCAGACUGGAGCAAAUUGCGUAUCUCAAUCGCCUACAGAUGUUUCAGACGACAUACUCGACAAGCAGUCGAGACUGAAAACCUGGACCAACAGAUUCAAAAAGAUUGCUCGACGCAAAUACUUGCUUCCAGACCCGGUCCCCCUGACCAGCCCAGCCAGUCUACUAUCAUGCACCACAUCAUCUUGUGCCACAACCUCGUCUCCACCUGCAUCGCACAUCACGGUUGAUAAUACCAAUGAAACCAAGGAACCCUCAUUCUCCGAAACAACAGCCGAAGUCGACCCCGAAUUUGGCUUUAGCAUGAGACGCAUGAGAGGUGAUUUUGGCCUAUAUCACGACAAAAACACUCCGCCACGGUUGUACCUUGAUACGUCUCGGCAGAGCGACGCAUUCUCACCCUUUAGACCGUUUAGUCCAACCUUUCUACUUCCGAGUCUAGACACGAGCGAAGCUUCGCUCAGUCGGCAUUCACCGCGGUAUUUCAGCACGGGAUCAUUUGAUCGAUAUCGAAGUAUUUCAGCUUCGUUGGCAGCAGCUGCCCCUCCUCUUCCUCCUGCUGCUGUUGCAACUGCUACUGCUUCCAGUAGCAAUCUGUCGGUAGCUAAGCCUCGAUUCUACUCACAAUCGAACCUAGACGCACUUGGCGUUACGCGAGCACCGACAGCAGACUCGGGGUUGUCACACGCGUCACUUCUAGCAAGUGAGUCAUACGAUGAGGUCACUGUCUGCGAGCUUGUUGAGUCGGAAAGAUGGACAUUCAAUUAA